CGGGUGCUCGGGGAAACUGCGGCGGUGAGAGAAGUGACGGCCCUCUUCCUUGCUGCUAUUUCUCCCUCCCACUCCAGUUCUGCCGGACCCCGCUAUGAAGAAGUUGGCUCCUAAGGUAGAACUCCAGCGGCUUCGUUAGGGCGUGGCCUGCGGCUGAGAAAAGUGCGAUGUAAAACGAAGAUCAAGAGCAGAUUUGAAGACGCCCAAAGUGAACUGGUGCCAGUCAGCAUGUCAGAAACAAAGAAUGUAGCUGCCAUUCCCUGUGAUAAAAAUACUGGGAGAACAUCUGAAUUAAAGGACGACUCAUGCAGCUCGUUUUCUGGUGAUGAAAGCAGCAGAUUAGAAAAUGAGUUCAAACUAUUGUCAUUCAACUCUGAAAAAACUUUAUGUCAGCCUACCAAACAUAAUCAAAUUGAAGCUCAGGGAAACUAUAAUCCAGAUUAUGGUGGAGGAGAGGAUUCUUGUGCUAAAAUAGACACAUGUCCAGAAAAUUCUGAACAAACAGGUGAUUUUCCUAGUGGAGAUUUUGCAAAGCAAAUUUCAGAAACAAAUGAAACAGAACAGACAGUAACGCAAAUACUGGAGAAAUUAAGGUCAUCUACCUUUACAGAAGCAGCUAAUCAAAAGACUUAUUCAGAAAGUCCUUAUGAUACAGACUGCACCAAGAAACUUAUUUCAAAGAUAAAGAGUGUUUCAGCAUCAGAGGAUUUGUUGGAAGAAAUAGAAUCUGAGCUCUUAUCUGCAGAGUUUGCGGAAGAACACCGAGUACCAAAUGGGAUGAAAAAGGGAGAGCAUGCAUUAGUUCUCUUUGACAAGUGUGUGCAAGACAAGUAUUUGCAGCAGGAACACACCAUAAAAAUGUUAAUUAAAGAAAAUAAGAAGCAUCAGGAUCUCAUCUUAGACAUUUGUUCAGAAAAAGACAAUUUAAGAGAAGAACUAAAAAAAAGAACAGAAACAGAGAAGCAACAUAUGAGCACAAUUAAACAGUUAGAAUCAAGAAUAGAGGAACUUAACAUGGAAGUUAAAGUUUCCAAAGAUAAACUAGUAGUUCAAGACCUUGCAGCAAAAAAUGCAAUUCAGCAGUUACACAAAGAGAUGGCCCAACGGAUGGAACAGGCUAACAAGAAAUGUGAAGAGGCACGCCAGGAAAAAGAAGCAAUGGUAAUGAAGUAUGUAAGAGGUGAGAAGGAAUCUUUAGACCUUCGAAAGGAAAAAGAGAUACUUGAGAGAAAACUUAGAGAUGCAAAUAAGGAAUUUGAGAAAAACACUAACAAAAUUAAGCAGCUUUCUCAAGAGAAAGGACGGUUACACCAGCUGUAUGAAACAAAGGAAGGUGAAACAACCAGACUCAUCAGAGAAAUAGACAAAUUAAAGGAAGAUAUCAACUCUCACAUCAUUAAAGUAAAAUGGGCACAAAACAAAUUAAAAGCUGAAAUAGAUUCACACAAGGAAACCAGAGAUAAGCUGAAAGAAACAACAACAAAAUUAACACAAGCAAAGGAAGAAGCAGAUCAGAUACGAAAAAACUGUCAGGAUAUGAUAAAAACAUAUCAGGAGUCAGAAGAAAUUAAAUCACACGAGCUUGAUGCGAAACUUAGAGUCACAAAAGGAGAACUUGAAAAACAAAUGCAAGAAAAAUCUGACCAGCUAGAGAUGCAUCAUGCCAAAAUAAAAGAACUAGAAGAUCUGAAGAGGACGUUUAAGGAGGGUAUGGAUGAGCUACGAACACUCAGAACAAAGACGAAAUGUCUGGAAGAUGAACGAUUAAGAACAGAAGAAGAACUAUCAAAAUAUAAGGAAAUUAUUAAUCGCCAGAAAGCUGAAAUUCAGAAUUUACUGGACAAAGUGAAAAUUGUAGAUCAAAUACAAGAGCAGCUUCAAAGAGGUAAACAAGAAAUUGAAAAUUUGAAGGAAGAAGUGGAAAGUCUUAAUUCUUUGAUUAAUGACCUACAAAAAGACAUCGAAGGCAGUAGGAAAAGAGAAUCUGAGCUACUACUAUUUACAGAAAAGCUCACUAGUAAGAAUGCACAGCUUCAGUCUGAAUCUAAUUCUUUGCAGUCACAGUUUGAUAAACUUUCCUGUAGUGAAAGUCAGUUACAAAGCCAAUGUGAACAAAUGAAACAGACAAAUACUAACUUGGAAAGUAAAUUGUUGAAAGAGGAGGAGCUACGAAAAGAAGAAGUUCAAACUUUGCAAGCUGAACUUACUUGUAGGCAAACAGAAAUUACAGCGCUGAGUACCCAGGUAGAAGAAUUAAAAGAUGAGUUAGUAACUCAAAGACGUAAACACGCCUCUAGUAUCAAGGAUCUUACCAAACAGCUUCAGCAAGCAAGAAGAAAAUUAGAUCAAAUUGAGAAUGGAAAUUAUGAUAAAGAAGUCAGCAGCAUGGGAAGUCGUUCUAGUUCAUCUGGGUCCCUUAAUGCUCGAAGCAGUGCAGAAGAUAGAUCUCCAGAAAAUACCAGGUCAUCAGUAGCUGUGGAUAACUUUCCAGAAGUAGACAAGGCCAUGUUGAUUGAGAGGAUAGUUAGGCUGCAGAAAGCACAUGCCCGGAAAAAUGAAAAGAUAGAAUUUAUGGAAGACCAUAUCAAACAAUUGGUGGAAGAAAUUAGGAAAAAAACAAAAAUAAUUCAGAGUUACAUUUUACGGGAAGAAUCAGGCACACUUUCUUCAGAGGCAUCCGAUUAUAACAAAGUCCAUUUAAGUAGACGGGGUGGCAUUAUGGCAUCUUUAUAUACAUCCCAUCCAGCUGAUAGUGGAUUAACAUUGGAACUCUCCCUGGAGAUCAACCGAAAAUUACAGGCUGUUUUGGAGGAUACAUUACUAAAAAAUAUUACUUUGAAGGAAAAUCUGCAAACACUUGGAACAGAAAUAGAACGUCUUAUUAAGCACCAGCAUGAACUAGAACAGAGGAUAGAGAAGACCUAACACAAAGCUCUUGCUCAGUGAACAGACAAAAGCCACACCAGAGCGGGUGCCACUCACAGUAUUGUUGGGAACUUUUCCCUGCUUUGUGUGUUAGCCAGUAAACUUGUUUCGCUUCGUCUGUACAAAAAAAGUAUCCUUUUACAAUAUGAAUGCAUUGCUGUAUAUACUGUAAGAGUGUAAGCUUUGAUGAAAAUUGGUUUUGUACAGUAUAAUAGCCUGCCAUUGAUUCUAAACUACUUAAUUUGCUCAUAGUCAUAUGAAGUGUUGAACAUUACUAAAGGGCUUUUUAAAAAACCCUUGUCCAUAUUUCUUCUUUUUAAAAUAUAGAAUGUCAAAAAUGAUUCAAGUUUUUGAAAGUAUGCAUGAAAAGACAGGUGUUAAUCAUUCAGUACUAUGCUAUUUCUCCAAUAUCGACAAAUAAAGAAAUAAUAAAAAUUUGUGUUUUGACAUUCCACUAUAACAUUUGGUUGUAUUUUAGGGAUACGUAAGAUUAUUUAAAUCUUUUAAUUUCAAUUUUAAUGAAAAUCGGACUUAACUAGGAAAGCUAGCGAUUGGUAACUAGCAGUGAUUAGGCAUUAUAUGCCUUGGUCAGGAAUAUAUUUUCUUACCUGUGUUAGGUACAUUGUUUUCAGAUUCAGAU